AUGACGGUCAUCCCUGUGACCCAGGCCGAGGAGAAGUUGUACGAGAAUGGCAUCAAACGGAUAUUUUCUUGCACUGGUCUUUCGGUACUCUACGUCGUCAUAUCCGGUGUAUGCACCUUACUACAUCCAUCAAAUGAAAAGUCGGAGAGGACCUCAGAAACAUCAAAAGGUUCCGUCAACCAUUCGUUUAGACCAGAAGGUUCUACAGACGGUAUUGUAAAUGACUACGGUGCGAUAGUAAAACCUGAAGAUCAUGACAACAACUACACAGGAACAGCAGAUGACGGUGAACUUGCUGCUGAUUCCUUUCGACCGAACGGCAAUGGUACUGAACUUGCAGCUGGACGCCAUGACUAUGACGUGCACGCCAAUGAAUUGAAAGAAGUGGAAAUGCAAGCGAACAAUGACAGCAAAGGACGUGGUCGAAAAUCAGAAGUAGGAACUGCGUCUUGUGCAAGCGUGGAGCAAGAGGCCGAACAUGGCAAAAUUAUUAAACCCAAGGACGACGUCAAGGCAGUGAAAUUAAGACGAAUACUUUGUUCGCGCAUGCUUCUGUCUCACCUGGCCUGGACGAGUGCUACAGCUUUGAGAUAUUACUACUUCAUCGGAUCAGUCAAUAGGUUUCUUGAGAUAAAUGUAGAGAGCGAAAACCAGGUUAGCUAUUUCCUAGAUGUAAUGUCUUACACCAUGCUUGGAGGUUUCCUGUCAUCUUUCAUCGCUGGAACUGCAUUACAGAUACAACACAGGUGGUUUACAGGACCCAUGAGGCUUGUAAUUCCCAUGACGGUGACAUCGUUCUUGAGUAUUUUGUUGUCGAGUCUUGCCUUUGUGUCUACAACAGCUGUGUAUUAUGCAGAUUUUGUCGUAGUGACAAGUAUACGGUCCUUCGUCAAUUGCGUUAGUUUUGAUUUCAUAAGAAGCGCAUUCCCUGAAAGGUAUAUGAGUAUCAUCUAUGGUAUUGUUCUAUCAGUUACUGGAACUUUCAACUUGACUCAGUACGCCUUGUUUGCGUGGACGGAAGUGUAUAGUGAUGCAAUGACGCACGUAAACAUAUGUCUCCUCUGUUUGUCCAUCAUCUCACUGCUACAUCCGAUUCAGAUCUAUUGUUUUGAAAGACGAAUCCUGAAAAACGAAAAUGACAAGUAA